AUGAGCUUAAGUGAGGUGAUAAGAGAAGCAGGAGUGUUGUAUAAUGGCAAGGAGGAUGAGAAUUCGUGGUCUAGGAUUGAUGUAGUGCUUGGAAAGCUUGCUAGUGGAAUUAGAGAUGUAAGUGAUGCCAAAGAGGUGCUGAAGGUUGCCAAUGAGCUUGUGAUCCGGUCUGUACAGAGUGAAAGGUCUAAGCUUGCGGGAACGGCAAUGGCGCUUGCAAAGAAGUGUGUGGGACUGUGUGGAAGAGGAUUUGAGUAUUCUGGGGUUUACUUGAUGUCUCUGAUGAAAGUAUGUGGUAAAAGCAACAAAAUAUUUUAUUCGCGAGCUGAAGAGGUGAUAGUUGAGAUAUGCAGAUGUGCGGAUGUCAGAGCGCAUGUGCGAGUUUUAAGCGAGUAUAGUGGAUCACAGAACAAGAAUGUAAGGCUUGCAGUGUUCAAAGGGAUUGAGGGCAUGAUUGAUAAUAUUGGGAUGAUUGAUGGAAUUGAAGGGAUAGUUGAGAAGGGACGAGGAGACCCGUUCCAAGAGAUACGAGAAGUUUGCAGAAGGAUUACGGAUAAGCUGGUGAGUGGAGAAUGCAGGAAGGGAGAGGCGAUAGAAGGAGAGAAUGUUAUCAAUGGAAUGCGACGGGAGCCAGUGAGGAUGGUACGAAAGCCAGUGAGGAUUGACAGUGGAGGAGUAGAGAAGAAGGAGUUAGAGGUGGGAUUUUCGCCAGCAAGAAAGCAGAGUAAGGUUAUUGGGGAUAAUUGUGAGAUGGUAGUUGAGGAAGCAGAGAUUAGUAAGCAGAAGGUGAAUGAGAAGUGUAUGAAAGGAGAAGAUAAGGAGAUGAAUGGGCAAUGUUCAGCUAAGAAGGUGUUUUCUGGAGCACGAAGAAGUACGGUGUAUCCUGAGGUUGUGAAUGAGAGACGAGGAGAGAUGAGACAUGAUGAUCUUACACCUAUUAGACUUGAUAGGUAUUUGAGCAAGUAUAGAGAGGAGCAUGGGAAUUUAAGGGAUAUAAGUGAAGGGGUUAAGCAUGAAUGUUUGAAUAUCAAUGAUAACCUGCAUGCUAGUCAAUGUGAGGAUCAAAUAGGAGAACAAGAAGAUAAUUGUAAUCAUCAAAUGAGAGAUCAAGAAAGUAAUUGUCUGAAAAUGGAUAUAGAUGAGAUUGUUAACGAAGAGAAGUGGACAGCAAAGGAUUUGAUUGAAUCGUAUUCGAAUGGAAAUGAGUUUAUGGAUAAUGAAGAAGAAUCAUCAGGGAUAGAUGGAGAUAAUAAAGCUGAUGAUGGAAUGGAUUGGUGCCUAAAUGAAGGAGUAUCUGAGUAUGUGAAUAAUGAAGAAGUAGAUGAAUUAUCAAGAAGCUUUGCGAAUUUUUCGAUUAUUGAUUCUGAGGUGAGAGAGGUAGGAAAUGAAAUGAACAAUGAAGUUGAGGAGGAGUGUAUUGCACAAAUCAAUGAUGUCUUAGAUGAAUCUGUGAACCCUUAUGAGUUUGUUGAAGAAGGAGAGAAAGAGAUGGAUCAAGAGUAUACGAUAGUGGACUCAGCUGGAGGAAUGGAGUGCUUGGAAGUGUAUGAGAUGAAUAAAGAGAUGCCUAGAGAGGAGAAAGAAGGAGAUGAGUCUAUACAUGAGUCUACGAUUUUGAUGAGUAUAAUUGAAGAACCACAUAAGAAGAAGAGUGAAACAAAUAAGAGACAAUUGAUGCUGAGCGGAAACAGAUUUGCAGGGUUUCUUGAGAUGGAAGAAGACAGCGGAGAGGAGACUGUUUUUGGAAAGGAAUGCAAGAAAAACGAGGAAGGUAAGGAAGAUUUUACGAUGAUCGAUUCGUUUAUUGAGGUGAAGAAGAGUGUCUUUAGAAAGGAAUAA